AUGGUGAUAAUAAACCAAGAGAGAAAGAAAGAACACAAAGGAAUGCGAUUAGGGAAAUACGAAUUGGGAAAAACACUUGGUGAAGGAAACUUCGGAAAAGUUAAGUUAGCAAGAAACACUGAUUCGGAACGGUUUUAUGCUGUUAAGAUUCUCGAGAAGAAUAAGAUUGUCGAUCUCAACAACACUGACCAGAUAAAAAGAGAGAUUUCAACGUUGAAGCUUUUGAAACAUCCUAACGUUGUUCGGUUAUACGAGGUCUUGGCUAGCAAAACCAAAAUCUAUAUGGUACUUGAGUAUGUGAAUGGUGGAGAGUUAUUUGACAAAAUUGCAUCAAAAGGUAAACUAACAGAAGCUCAUGGUAGGAAGAUGUUCCAACAAUUGAUUGAUGGUGUGAGCUGCUGCCACAAUAAAGGUGUCUUCCAUAGAGAUCUUAAGUUAGAAAAUGUACUUGUGGAUGCCAAAGGGAACAUAAAGAUAACUGAUUUUAACCUCAGUGCUCUGCCACAACAUUGUAGGGCAGAUGGGUUGCUACAUACAACUUGUGGAAGUCCAAAUUAUGUUGCUCCUGAGAUUCUUGCCAAUAAAGGCUACGACGGUGCGAAAUCGGAUAUUUGGUCAUGCGGUGUUAUCUUAUAUGUAAUUCUAACCGGAUACCUUCCUUUCGACGACAGAAAUCUCGCAGUUCUCUAUCAAAAGAUUUUCAAAGGAGAUGUUCAAAUACCGAUAUGGUUGUCACCUGGUGCUCAAAACAUCAUAAAGAGAAUUCUUGAUCCCAAUCCUGAAACCAGAAUAACAAUGUCUAUGAUCAAAGAAGAUGAAUGGUUUAAACCGGGUUAUAAUGCUGCUAACCGAGACGACGAGGAAGAUGAUGUAUACAUUGGUGAUGAAGCCUUUUCCAUCCAAGAAGUGCCCAGUGAAGCAGACCUGACUAGUCCAAAAUCGCCGAAGCUUAUCAAUGCAUUUCAGUUGAUAGGGAUGUCUUCGUGUUUAGACCUCUCUGGCUUUUUUGAGAAAGAGGAUGUGUCGGAGAGAAAGAUACGUUUUACAUCAAACCAUUCACCGAAAGAUUUGACGGAGAAGAUUGAGGACAUUGUCAUAGAAAUGGGUUUUAGUGUUCAGAAAAAAAAUGGAAAAUUGAAAGUGAUACACGAGAAUAAAGCGCUUAAAAGUCUAGGAAGCCUCUCAGUUGCAGCAGAGGUUUUGGAAAUAGGUCCAUCAUUGUAUGUAGUCGAACUACGGAAGUCUUAUGGAGAUGCAACUGUAUAUAGACAAUUAUGCAAGAAGUUGUCAAAUGACUUGGGUAUAGCCAAGGCGGCACAGCUUGUGAGCUCAGAAAUGAUAAACAUAUAUGAAGAAAAUAAAUUAGAAGUCAGAUAA